AUGGCGGCCAUGGCGAAGCCCCAAGCUCUUAAUCCUUUGAAGCCACUCUCAGCUGAAGCUCUUCUCCCUUUUCUCCAUCAAAGUCUCUCCUUUUUCAUGCCUAGAGCUUCUCCUCGCUGUGAAUCACUGCACCAUAGCAAUGGAAGUGCUUCUUUCCGUCCCGUCAUCAAAGCACAGAGCUCACCGGAUUAUGUCCCGGAUUCGCAGUUCUACAAAAUUGAAGCUAUUCUCAGGCCGUGGAGGGUGGCGCAUGUGUCUUCAGGGUUGAUGAAGAUGGGGAUCAGGGGAGUGACUGUGUCUGAUGUUAGAGGUUUUGGAGCUCAGGGAGGGUCUAUGGAAAGGCAAGCUGGAUCUGAGUUUUCGGAAAAUAUGUUCUUAGCCAAAGUUAAAAUGGAGAUUGUUGUAUCCAAGGACCAGGUUGAAGCGGUAAUUGAUAAAAUAAUUGAGGAAGCUAGGACCGGAGAAAUUGGUGAUGGCAAGAUAUUCUUGAUACCUGUUUCAGAUGUUAUACUGAAUCCGCACGGGUAG